CAGCUGUCAGCCGUGCAGUGCUGCUGUGGUGCGCAUCCGCAUCGAAUCGCAUCAAUCAAUCCCCUUCCCUUCCCCUCCUCCUCCUCGGCUCCUCCUCUCCCUCCCCAAAUCGAUCCAUCAUCGAUCUUCCCUUCCUCGGUAGGGAGAUAGAGAGAGCCCUAGAUUGAUUGGGAUUCCUAGUUACCUGCCGCCGCUGCCGCCUAGAGUUCUGGAUCGAUCCAUCCAUCGAGGAUUCGCAUAGAUAGAUGAUGCUCCGCGAUUGCAUGGGAUCGCCAUGCGCCCACGCCGCCGCCCUCCUCCGCCGCCCCCUCCUAUUGGCGUCGUGACCACAAGGGCCCAAGCCAAGGCCAAACAACAACAACAACAAGAGGAGGCCGAGGCCCCAGCCGCCCCAUCCCCAUCCCCAUCCCCAUCCCCAUCCCCAUCCCCAACCCCAAUCCCAGUCGCAGGGGUACCACCCCAGCACCUCCACAGGAAAAAGAGGAUGGCCGACAGCGGCGGUCUCAGCGCCAACAACGCCGCCGCCGCCGCCGCCGCCGCCCACGACGAAGACGAAGCCAACACCGCACCUUUCCCCGACACGGUCCAGGUGGGAGGAUCUCCCGAGUACAAGGUCGAGAGGAAGCUCGGCAAAGGUGGAUUUGGCCAUGUCUUUGUUGGCCGCCGUCUAUCUGGUGCCCACACAGCACGCUCCACAGGCCCCACGGCUCAAGAGGUUGCCAUCAAAUUUGAGCACACUAGCAGCAAAGGCUGUAGCUACGGCCCUCCAGGCGAGUGGCAAGUCUAUGCCGCUCUAGGAGGUACACAUGGUGUGCCCAAGGUGCAUUACAAAGGCCGCCAGGGUGACUACUAUGUCAUGAUUAUGGAUAUGCUGGGGCCUAGCUUGUGGGAUUCUUGGAAUUCACUGGGUCAAUCUAUGCCAUCAGAAAUGGUGGCCUGUAUUGCUGUGGAGUCCAUUUCCAUCCUGGAGAGCAUGCAUUCGAAAGGAUAUGUACAUGGGGACGUCAAACCUGAGAACUUUCUUCUCGGUCAGCCUUCAACUCCUCAAGAAAAGAAACUUUAUCUUGUGGAUCUUGGAUUAGCAACAAAGUGGAGAGAUCCUUCUAGUGGACAGCAUGUUGGUUAUGAUCAACGCCCUGAUGCCUUCAGAGGAACAGUCAGAUAUGCUAGUGCUCACGCACACUUAGGAAGAACCGCAAGUAGGAGAGAUGAUUUGGAAUCACUGGCUUAUACGCUAGUAUUUCUUCAUCGGGGCAGGUUGCCAUGGCAAGGAUACCAGGGUGAUAAUAAAUCAUUUCUGGUGUGCAAGAGAAAGAUGAGUACCUCACCUGACAGCCUUUGCGGCAUAUGUCCUCAACCUUUCAGGCAGUUUCUGGAGAGUGCUGUCAACAUGAAGUUUGAUGAGGAGCCAAACUAUUCCAAGUUGAUUUCUUUAUUUGAUAGUUUAAUUGGACCAAACCCUUCCAUCAGACCAAUCAAUACCGAUGGAGCCCAAAAGGUUGGGCAGAAGCGUGCCAGGUUGCUAAGUGACGAUGAUGGUCAUGUGAAAAAGAAGAUUCGGUUGGGUGUUCCGGCAACACAGUGGAUAUCAGUAUACAAUUCCAGAUCACCCAUGAAACAGAGGUACCACUAUAAUGUGGCUGACACAAGGUUAGCGCAACAUGUUGAGAAAGGAAAUGAGGAUGGUUUGCUGAUAAGUUCAAUAUCAUCAUGCGUAGAUCUUUGGGCAAUCAUUAUGGAUGCAGGAACCGGCUUCACGGCUCAAGUAUAUGAGCUGUCUCCACAUUUCCUUCACAAGGAAUGGAUUAUGGAACAGUGGGAUAAAAGUUUCUAUAUCAGUUCUGUUGCUGGCUGCAACAAUGGAAGUUCUCUUGUAGUGAUGUCCAAAGGCACACCAUAUACACAGCAGUCUUACAAGGUCAGUGAUUCCUUCCCAUUUAAAUGGGUAAACAAGAAGUGGAAGGAAGGUUUUUAUGUCACGUCAAUGGCAACAUCAGGGAGUCGAUGGGCCAUAGUCAUGUCCCGCAGUGCUGGAUUUUCUGAGCAGGUGGUGGAGUUGGACUUUCUGUACCCAAGCGAGGGCAUCCAUAGACGCUGGGACAAUGGCUAUCGCAUCACCGCAAUGGCUGCUACAGUGGACCAGUCUGCGCUGAUCCUAAGCAAACCAAGGCGUCGCCCAAGAGAUGAGACACAAGAGACUCUGCGGACUACACAGUUUCCCAGUCAACAUGUCAAGGAGAAAUGGGCCAAGAACCUUUAUCUUGCUGGGAUUUGCUAUGGGCGAACCGUGGCCUAACAUCGUCAGUUGCUGACCUACCCGUUGUAUGAUGUAUAUGGGUUUUCGUCCAGCAUCAGCUACAGGGGCGCUUGCUGUUGUUGUCCUUGGAAGAAGAUGAAUUCUGAUGUGUAUGUAUCUGAAUCUGAUCUGCAGGCUUGGGUCUCUUAAUCAGGGAAGGCUAGGGGUACAGGCAGAAUAGCGUAGCUUCUCAUCAGCCAUGACGUGCCACUCUGGUCCAAUAAAAUGAGCUUGUCAUGUGCCUCUUUCAUCGUGUUUUCGGCAUGUAAUUCGUAUUGCACCCACAAUGUAAUGUGAUGUAAUGUAUGCUGGCGCUAUCUGGUAAGAAAACAAAGGUAUUUGGAUCCGUGCGAAUGCAACCUUCGCCAGGUUUCCAAAAAACCAUCCAUGUUCCAUGA